CGCCGGGUACGGAGAGCGCGCGGUGUUCAGCCCUUCCGGACAGAACGUGACUCUAACGAGCGCACCCGAGGCCGGCUGCGCGCCGCACGGACACCAGCUUCAUGAAAUCCCUCUGAUACCGCGCACUGAUUGAUUUAUCUCACGCCGCUGUGUCUGGGGCUCCACGAUAACUGUCGGUGCUUUAGAUAUUCCUGAAGGAAGAUGGUGUAUAUGGAAAGCUGAUCUGUGGAUCUGGAAGAAACUCUGUUUCCAGGGUGAUGAGCUGUGCUCAUUGACAAUACAGAAUAUUAUGGGCUGUGCUUGCUGUAAGCAGAAGAAGGCUGGAAAAUCGUCCUCAUUGUGUGACAUAGGCAAUGGAGCCCAGUCGUCAGACCCAGUCCGUUAUAUUGCAGACCCCACUAACCCCAUUAACUCAGGCCCAGGGCUUAUCCCAAACUUUAAUGAUUUUCAAAACCCAAUGUCCUCGUCCAACCUCAUCCCUUCCCGCCCAACUGCCAUCACAGGAGGAGGUGUAACACUCUUUAUAGCUCUCUAUGACUAUGAUGCCCGUACAGAGGAUGACCUGAGUUUCCAGAAAGGAGAGAAGUUCCAUAUUAUCAACAAUACUGAGGGUGACUGGUGGGAGGCCCGUUCAUUAGAUACAGGGAAUUCUGGUUACAUUCCCAGUAACUAUGUGGCCCCUGUGGACUCCAUACAAGCUGAAGAAUGGUAUUUUGGGAAGAUGGGUCGGAAGGACGCAGAACGGCAACUGUUAGCCCUCAACAAUCCUAGAGGGACGUUUUUGAUACGAGAGAGUGAGACAACAAAAGGAGCCUAUUCUUUGUCUAUCAGAGACUGGGAUGAAGCAAAGGGCGAUCAUGUCAAGCAUUAUAAAAUUAGGAAGCUGGAUAAUGGAGGAUAUUACAUCACAACUAGGACACAGUUUGACACCGUUCAGCAGCUGGUGCAGCAUUACACAGAGCGUGCAGCAGGACUGUGCUGCCGUUUGAUUGGCAACUGUAGGCGGGGCAUGCCUAAGCUGGCUGACCUGUCUGUGAAGACUAAAGAUGUUUGGGAGAUUCCCAGGGAGUCGCUACAGCUUAUUAAGAAACUGGGCAACGGGCAGUUUGGUGAAGUGUGGAUGGGCAUGUGGAAUGGCACAACUAAAGUUGCAGUUAAGACAUUGAAGCCAGGCACCAUGUCUCCAGAGGCCUUCCUGGAUGAAGCCCAGAUCAUGAAGAGGCUCCGUCAUGAUAAACUGGUACAGCUGUAUGCUGUGGUGUCUGAGGAGCCCAUUUACAUCAUCACUGAGUUUAUGACUCAAGGAAGCUUGUUGGACUUUUUAAAAGAUGGAGACGGCGGAACUUUGAAAUUGCCUCAACUUGUGGACAUGGCAGCUCAGAUUGCUGCAGGCAUGGCCUAUAUUGAACGGAUGAACUACAUCCACAGAGAUUUGCGAGCUGCCAAUAUCCUAGUUGGAGACGGUCUGGUCUGUAAGAUUGCAGACUUUGGGUUGGCUAGACUCAUUGAGGACAAUGAAUACACAGCUAGACAAGGAGCAAAGUUUCCGAUUAAAUGGACCGCCCCAGAGGCUGCUCUUUAUGGCAAAUUUACCAUCAAAUCUGAUGUGUGGUCUUUUGGUAUCUUAUUGACGGAACUCAUCACCAAGGGCAGAGUGCCUUAUCCAGGAAUGAACAACAGAGAGGUUCUGGAGCAGGUGGAGCGUGGUUACCGGAUGCCGUGUCCGCAGGGCUGCCCAGGGUCUCUGCAUGAGUUGAUGCUGGAGUGCUGGAGGAAGGACCCUGACGAAAGACACACCUUUGAGUACCUGCAGGGCUUCCUGGAGGAUUACUUUACUGCUACUGAACCCCAGUACCAGCCUGGAGAGAACCUGUGAUAUACUCAUAUUAUAUCAUGUCUGAAUUGCCUUUACUUAUUAUUGCAACACCCCUAUAAACUGAUCUUAUUUCAAGGCUCCAUGUGUAGGCCCCCACUGAACACAUUCAAGUGCAGUUUCUUCGUGGGGUUUAGUUUGAGAGCUUUAAUUUGAAAUACUUUUCUUUAUACAGCUUGAUUGAGCCACGUAUGAGGUAAAAUAAUGCAAAAUGUCAAUGGUGCGGUUCUUCCGCAUCAAUGACAGCACAUGUCGAUGACAUGAUCUUUUUAAUCAAGCAACAGCAAUUACUUAGGGAUUCAAUCAAGAUUCAAUCAACAUAUUUGUUUUGUUGUUUAUCUGUACUUUGUUUAUUUUGCCAGCCUUAUAUUCCUUUAUUUUGGUUUAUUUGUGAAGCUUACACUCUUGGGUAGGGAUUUCCUGUAAAGCCCUGAUGUACCAUAAUAGACUUUAUUGUGCCAUUAAAGGCUGAUUUUAAGACAGUAUUGAUACUAGGUAAAAAAUGAGGACAAGCAUCUUUCACUUUCCUUGAAAUGAGAAGGUAAAAACUACUGUUUUGAUUGUUUUCUUGAUUUUUUUCUGUAUUUUACACUGUAUUUUACGUAUAAUCCUAUCUCAAGAUUUGGUUAUAAUUUAAAUAGAUGUCAAACCUGUGCCUUUAUUCAUGGUGGCUGGAUAUUCUGCAGGGAUCGACUGGAACCCCUGAAUGGAAGUCUGUGUAUUACAGUUAGAUAAUGUUUAUGUGCCAUUUAAAUGUGCCAUUUAAUUAUAUAGAGGUUACUGAACUGAACCAAUGUGUCUAACAUGUAUUUUCUGUACUCAGUGUUCACAUAAACACAUACAUAAAUACACAAAUGUGUAUCAAAGAUUGUUUA